AUGACAUGGCCUGGACGCCUCACGGCCGCCACGGAAUGGGAGCAGGUCCUCGAGGCUAUUCUGCCGCCUCUAGCGCUCGUGGACGCGCUUCCACAGGCGUAUGCAAGCUACGCCGAGCUUGCGCCGCGUGACAAGGAGGACGAUGGAUGGUGGGGCGCUUGUCAGCAUACCCUCUUGACCGAGACACUCGUGACGUGGGCCCCGAUCCUGCAGGAGCAUGCAUUGUACGAGCCUGUGUUGAACGGCUGGUUCGUGCCACCGGCAUCAGCACGUGUGUGGCCGCAUACGCUGCACACAUGUUCAGCCCUGCUGAGCGGAUCGAUUCAGUGCCAUGCAUCUACGCUCGAUGCUGUGGCGCACAUUCUGACGCGGUUUCAUGCGCCCCUUGUGCUUUUGCGCACGUUAGAAGCGGUCCGCGCCGAGCCGCAUAUGGCACGUCGCGACCUCAUGUGGUCGGACGCUGUGGCUCAAAUCGCGGCUCUGCCGACGCGCGUAGCCAACACGUUCGGACCCUUGGAUCAUGCGCUAUUGGAUGUGUACAAACCAUGGCUAUUGCAGCUGAUGUGUGCCUGCCCCGACGUGCUACCGAAUGAAGCGGAGCGUAUAGCCGUGCUAAUCACGCGUCUUUCGCGCAUCGGCGUCGUGGAGCGCAUGUGGGACGCCAUCUUGCCCCAUGCACAGGCUCGGGCAUGGCGCUCCGUCCUGGGCCUAUGCGACGCGCCGACGCAGGAAGCUUUGAUCACGUCGCUCGUGCGCACGAUGCAAACGCGCUUGCUCCCUUCGCAGUACGCGUGGCCUGUAGCGCAUGACGAGCUCACGCCUGGGACAGAGGGCCGUGCGUUUCUGUCACACGAUGCAUGGCGAUGGGGUUUCACGGCGUACGAUACCCUGCAUACGAUCGCGGCCGAGGUACUGGACCGCCUGCAUGUGCUCCUGCAUGUCGUAAACACGCCACUCAUGGCCAUGGCAGCGGCAUCUUGGGCCAUGGAGAAGGAGGCGGCCAUAACGCUCGAGGGCUUGGUCCAGUGGUGGAGCGAUCCACGACGUAUUCGGUACGCGACGUACCCACUCGAGCAGUGCGUGACGACGCAGGUGCUUACGGCCAUCCGGCACAGUGAUGCGACAACGCUGGGGGCGCAUGCACAUUCGCCCAUGUUCCUUCGUGGCGUAUCUUCGCACCUCGAGCACACAGAUGCUCGGAUCCGGCGUCUCGGUAUGCUGAUAGCAGAGGUGCUCAGUCAAGCCACAAAUCCCAAGCCCCUUGCCUUUCCAGAACAGGUAUGGGAGGGUCGCGGUGACGGUCGCGGUGCAUGCCGCGUCUUGCGGGCCAUGUACCUUCGAGAGAUGUGGUGGCCCGAUGAGCCACCGUAUCCGUGGCCCACAGAGCCAGUCUGGCCCGUCUAUCCCCCACCGCGCACGAUGUCGCCGCCGCCUCGCCGGCGUCCACUCGUUCAGGAUCUGGACGCGUCAUCCGACUCGGAGACAUCGACGCACGACGAUCCCAACGACACAUCAACGAUGCUAGGCGAUGCCCUACAGAAGAAAACACGGGUGCCCGUGUACGUGCAUGAACUGGCCCCGCUCGCAAGGCAACGUGACUAUGAGGCCAACAAGUGCGUCAUCAAGCACGCCGAGGCGCUUAUUCGACGCAAGACGGGCUGGGGUCACGAAAUUGCCGAGCACGGCACAGACUUGGCCAUGGCGCUGGCAUCGAUGCAGGACACAUAUGAUUUGGAAGCGUUCGACGAGAGGCGCACCCGCGCCUUGAGUGCGUUAUGCAUCGCGGCGCCCAUGCCGGUCGUCGAUACACUGUACGAGCAAUUCUUCACGCCGCACUAUUCACUUGCACAGCGACUCUCGAUGCUUCGUGCGGUGGCUUCGGCUGCCGUCGAAAUGAGCGGGAGCCGGGCGUGCACGGCAGAUACCCUGGCCGAGGCGGCGGUGCAGCGUACCACGGCCGCUGGUGAGGCACGCAUCUCGAAAGCACAUGCUAUGGCACGCGUGUCCCUACCUUUUGCGCCGCCAUGGAGCGUUCGGCCUACGGCUCCGUACACGGCUGUCGCCACCGACACGUUUAUUUACCCCCUCAUUCGCCGCUUGGACCGUGCACGCCAAGAGACAUCACGCAUGUAUGCUGGCAGUGACACAGCCCUCGUGCCAGGCGCCACAAGUGCUCUUUUGCACACGCUGUGCGUAUUGUGCUAUCAUGCGCGGAAUGCGGCAUUCUUCAUGACACGAGUCCUGCCUGAUAUCCUAGAGGUCAUUGAGGUGUGGGGCUCAGAUGCGCAUGCCGACGUGGGGACAGCAGCCAUGUCCUUGGCGAUCGUCGUGCUGGAUAUGGCCACCGAGGCAGAUGGCGGCGCACACUUGGCCAGGUCGCAUUCAGCGCAAUUACUGCGUAUCCAGACCAUGGCGCAUGCCUCAGCAGACGUGUCACAACAAGCCGCCGCCGUUGUCUUGUGCAUAGCCGAUAUGCAAGAGCGAAUGCAUCAGGCGCUGCUAGCGAAAUAA